CCUGCCAGAGCCUGGUUGGCGCCCAAAAAGCCUUGCUGCAGGGAACGGCGACGAACGAGAGCGAAGAGGACUCGACCAAGCCUGCCCAUCCAUCCAUGGAACCGCCUGAACUGAUCGGCUGCAAAAAGGAUCCCAUCUUGCCAAUCUACUGGUCAAACGACCAAAAUAAAGGCACGGCGCACUACUGUAGUGUAAGACCCUGAGCACCCCCUUUGCCCUCUUUGACCUUCUCCUGCUACCAAGAACGACCCCCUCGUCACCCUCGCCCUCGCCCUCGCCCUCGUCGCCGUGCUCCCGAGCCCCGGGGUCGACAAGCCUCUGAGUUGCUUUUCGGUUCCUUUUUUUUGUUCUUUCUUUUAUUAGCGCCCCAGCCCUCGCCAAACAAACCCACCACCCACGCGCACUGCCCUACCCGCUCGCUGCGCCCCUCACUCUUCCCCCCUUUCUAGGCGGUUCCAGCACGGCCACCCAAUCCUCCCCUGCAGCUCUGGUUGGGCUGCCUGCCCUUUGGCGCCGAUCAGAAGACACCGCACCAGGGCGACCCGAAGCCCGACGAUACGCUAACGCCGCUGGUUGUUGCUGCGGCUGCUGCUGUUUCUGCUGCUCCUCCUGGGCGGCUUCAUAACCCCCCUCUUUCGUGCGCUUCGUACGCAGUUUGUGCAACUCUCCCCCUCUUCCUCACCCCUCGACUCUCGCGGCAGCCUCUCGAGAAGCAGCUUCUUCUACUUCUUUCUUUAUUCUUGACGCCUGUGUUUGUUUCCGGCCCGCUCCGAGAAACCAUUUGUCACCCCCUGCCCAACGCAGGUCGCGAUACCCAAACCCCUUUUUGUGGAUCGUCUCGGGCGAAAGCGAGACCCAGAGAGCAACAGUCUAGGACUUGUCAGGUCACGCCUCGCUACCCAAACCCCGCAAUCAAAACCCAGGCCCCCCGUUUCGUCUGGUUCCGCCACCACAAGAAGACGGACACGACCAGACCGCUCCAAAAGAAACGGACGCCAUCUGGACUAGACAACUCAACCUAGCUCACGCGCCGCGCGCAAAAACGACAAGAAGCGGCUUCACGCCUGCUUUUAGCAACCUGAGCACUUUCAGACACCCACGCCAAGAAAGAAGCGCACUCAGAGUGCCCGAUCAGAAACAAGAACAACAACAACAAAAGAGUCUGCAGAAGCGUGUGCGCUCUGCCCACCCCUUUAGUCCAUAAUGGCCGACCGGCGGGAUUUCUACGAUGACCGCGACACCUUUUACACCACCGGGUCGGGCGCCCCGCCCCAACGCCGUGGUGGUGGCUCAGAGGCAAAUGUCUACGAGCGCUUCGAAGAGGUCAGGAGAGAGGAGGGCCCGACCCGCAGCCGAGUCCAAGUCCGCGAGCGCGAGCGCGAGCGUGAUGAUGACUCACGGCUUCCCAACUUCUUGAGGGACGAGCGCCGUGGCCCGGUCAGCGCCGCUCCCGCUGACACCUCUGGCGCCAUGGUCCUGCGUCAGCGCGAGAUCGAGACUGUUUCCCGACCCCGACCCCGCUCGCCCAGCCAGGUCCGCUUUGAGGAGCGCACCCAGUACGUCCGCCGCGCCCGCAGCCCGAGCCCUUCUAUGGUGUCGGAGCCCCUACCCCCGCCGCGCCGCGAGCGUGUCGAGAUCCGGCAAUUCGAGAGGAGGAGGUCACCGUCGCCGCACCCCAUUCGCGGGAGGUCGCCUUCGCACGAGCGCGAGCGUAUCCGCAUUAUUGAGCGUUCGCGCUCCAGGGAGCGAAUCCCCAGCCCUAGCCCAUCGCCCCCGCCGCCUCCCGCCCCCGCUGUUCCCGAGGUGAUUCGUGGGCCGACCAUCGAGAGGGAGGUUAUCACCCACUACAGGAACAUUGACCACGGCGUCGUCCAGGCUCGUCCUCCGCCGCCCCCUUCGCCCGCCCCGCGGCCGAUUCUGAAGCAGCGCGAGGUGGAGAUCACACGUGACACCGACAUUGACAUCACGCGCACCCGUGGCCGCAAUGAGGUGGACAUUAACAUCCGCCGCCGGUCAGUUUCGCGCGAGAGAGGUGCUCUCGUCGUGGCCAAGAGACGCUCGCCGUCCCCCGAGCCGCUGCCGGCUCGGCGUACCUUUGACGAUUUUGAUCACCGGCACAAGUUGCGUGUCGACAUCGACGAUCGUCAUCGGUCUACCAGCGUUAGUGCCGAGCACACGCACCAUGGCCACCGCCGCUCUCACAGUGCCCUGCCCGACUACCGCGAUGAGAGCGAGCGUAUUACGUCCCGCAUCGACGCGCGGGGCCGCAACGGCGAGGCCUAUGGUGGGGCUACGCGCGACUGGACCAUUGUCGACGUGCCCCCGGGCACGGAGCGCGUCCGCAUGGAGGGCGCGGGCGGCGGCGCGGCCGACGUGACGUGGGAGCGGUACAGCGGCGUACGCCGGGCUCGCUUUGUCCCCGAGCGUGACAGCGAGUCUAACGUGUCUUCCAACACGACCACGGUGACCAGCGAGCGCCCCCGCGAGCGUGUCGUCGAGACAAAUGACCGGCUCAACAUCUCGGUCUCGGACAAGAACCACGAGAUCGAGAUCGAGAAGACCUCGCGCGGGAGGGCCCCCAGACGUCCCAAGGCGACGGAAGAUAUGUGGACCGAGAUCACCAAGGACCUUGUCAUCCGCGAGGCCAUCGAGGAGAUGGGCUACGACUACGAGGAGAGGGGCCCGUUCUUUUACAUUAUGCAGUACCUGCAAUACGAGGACGUACUCCAGCUCGUUCAGCUCACGGACGAUAUACGCCGCCACCGCAGGCGCCACCUUCGCGAGAUUGAGUACGAGCGCGAAACGCGCGACAACCGCCACCGACGCCGUAGCAGCAAGUACGACUACGACCGCGAGCUCGUGGUUGGUGUCGACCGCGAGGUCGUCUACGACCGCCCUCCGGUGCGCGGCUACCUCAGCUAGAUGGACAAGAGCUCGAUGGGCAAGAGAGUUGUUCAGGAAUAAGAGAUGAAAGGGAAAAGCCUGAGCACCGUCGCGGUUUAAUCCUCGUCCGUGUUACGUUUACGCAUUCAUGACGAAGCACAAGAAUGUCUUUUUUUUUCCCUCCUUUUCCAUACUCACAAGCGAAGGAAACAUUCAUACAAGGGAUUGGUUGGAUGGGUGGUUGACGCUUCGAGUUUUUACGAUUGAUUUUUGGAUUACCCCCUUUGACGUUUUUGUUUUUUUACUCUUCCAUUUACGUUCCCACUUGCUUGUCUCUUUGCUGUUCCUUGUUUGCUUCUGCUUGUUUUCCUGACACAUCGCGGGUUCGUUUGGUCGUCCUUUUUAUUUAUUUAUCCGAUUUAGACAGGACGAAGCUAAAGACGGCAGCAAAGCACGUUACUCGGCGGCAUUGGGUUUGUGGUCCGAUCAAAGUUUGCCGGAUAUAUAUAACGAUUUACGACGAUAAUGGAUCAAAUAGUUUGCAAUA